UAAUAAUAAUAUGAUAAUAAUAAAAUUAUAAACAGAAGUUGAAAGAGUAGUAGCAACGGUUGAUUAGUCUUCUUCCUUGUCCUAAACGACGACUUCAACUGCUUCUCAUCCAACAUUCUCUUCCUUAUUCCUUUUUCUUUAAGAAGAAAAAUUCACAGAAGCCAAUAAAUCAAUCUCCUAAUGAGUUCCAAGAGACGAUGGAGAUUCUGCCUCCCAACAGUAUUCUCCAUCAUCUUCCUCACCCAUCUUCCUUUGAAACUCAACUCCCAUGGUUACUUUUUGAUCCUCAUCUCUCUGUUUCUCUAUUAAAAAAUUUUAAAGUGUUUUUUUGUUUGGAUUUUGACUAUUCAUUUUCUGCAGAGACUGCAGAAGUCUUUGAUUCUUCUCAAGACAAUUUAAUGAUCCAGAUCAGAGUUAAUCGGAACCGUCGCAUCCUGAUUGAUACACCUCUUCCUGGCAAAGAUCCUGCCCUGAAUGCCUCCCCACCAUCUCCUGACUUCUCAACCUUCAAAGAACCACUGCUGCCUCCGCCAUCACCAGAAGGCAACAAAACCCCGAGCCCUCCUCAAAGUGGUGUGCCAGCACAAACACCAGAGACCCCACCUGAUAUUACUCCCCUGCCUGUGCCUCCGGCUCCACCUACGUCUCAGUCUCACUCUCCUCUUCCAGGAACUAAAAAGAAGUCUACCAAGGUUUAUAUGAUCGUCGGCAUAGUCGCUGGCGUAUUCAUAAUCUCGGGGAUAUUAAUCAUCUUCUUUCUUAUCUUCACUCGAAAGAUUCCAAUCAAGCCUUGGACCAACAGUGGCCAGCUUCAAGAUGCUCUUCUCACAGCAGAUGUUCCGAGACUGCAGCUAUCUGAGCUACAAGCAGCCUGCGAAGAUUUCAGUAACGUCAUUGGCUCUUUCUCAGACGGCGCCAUUUAUAAAGGAACUUUGUCCACUGGUGCUGAAAUCGCCGUUGUGUCUGCCUCUGCUGGUUCUCGUGCAGCCUGGUCCACCGCCAUGGAAACACAGUUGCUACAAAAGAUGCAUAAGUUAUCCAAAGUGGAUCACAAGAAUUUUUUGAAUGUGAUCGGUUACUGCCAUGAGGAAGAGCCCUUCAGCAGGAUGCUGGUUUUCGAAUACGCUCCUAAUGGAUGCCUCUCCGAGCAUCUGCACUCUCAACAUGCGGAGCACUUGGACUGGCCUACCAGACUCAGAAUCGUCAUGGGAAUAGCUUACUGUCUAGAGCACAUGCACAAUCUCAACCCACCCAUCUUGCACAGCAAUUUCGACUCGUCUUCCGUCUAUUUGACUGAAGACAACGCCGCCAAAGUCUCCGACUUUUCUGUCAUCAAUUCCAUCUUUCCCUCUCAGGAAGGUUCCUCGAGCAAGAAUCUUCUAGAACCCUCAUUACUUGAUCCCCAGACCAAUGUAUUACACUUUGGUGCUGUUGUGUUCGAAAUCGUAAGUGGGAAGUUACCUGACCCUGAUUCUUUGUUUCUCGAACCCAAGCCCGCAAGAGAUAUUGUGGACCCGACCCUGAAAACCUUUCAGGAAGAUAUUGUUGAGAGACUGUUGGAGGUGGUUAGGCAUUGUAUGAAUCCAUACCCAGCUCAGCGACCAACAAUGAGAGAGGUCGUGGUGAAGUUGAGAGAGAUAACUGGAAUAGAAGCUGUCGCAGCAAUGCCUAGGCUGUCUCCACGAUGGUGGACGGAGCUAGAGAUCAUAUCCACAGAAGGAAACUAAUUAAAGAGAAUGAAGCCGUCCUUUCAGGUGUCCCCUGUAUAUAUGUAUACACAAAUGACACUGUGAAGUGAUGAUCAUCUUUUUCUUCCUCUGCGUUAAAAGACUAAAUACUGUAUAUGCUAAAUAACUAAAAAGUUGGCUUUGCAUAGAAACCAUUGGUAAGGUUAAUAAAUAGCAGUUUCUUUACA